AUGGACGCAGAUGCACUUUUGUGCAAUAUCUGUCCCAAACGUCCCUCCUUCAGCGAUGUCUCUCACUUGUUGACUCACGUCUCCUCAAAGGCCCACUUGUCCAGUUACUUCAAGCUCCAGAUACGCAGUCAACAGGAACCGCAAGCCGCGGAAUUGUUGGACGAUUAUGACUUGUGGUACAAAGCCAAUAACCUUCCCAAGUUACUCUCUGAUCGGAUGGCAUUGAAGGAAGCUCGCAAGAAAAAGCCCCAAGGAAAGAAUGGCACAGGUAAUGUGGCUAAGAAGACGGCCAAGGCUCAAGCUACAGCUAGCCCGAAGAACCCGGAUCCCCCAGCUCGUCCGUCAUUGCGUACGGUAUCUGAUACUCGUCCGCCGGGCACAUUCAUGACCAUGGGCAAUGCUGCUGCCAACGAGAAUAAUGUGAUUUAUACGAGCUACCCCCGGCCGGCUACGCCUUCGAAUCGUGUUUCCCAUGCCCAUCCGUUGCCGGUGACGCCCUCGAGACCUAUCCCCACGCCGUGGAAACAGGAAUGCGAGUCUGAACCCGAUGACGAUAGUGGUGUGUUUAUGCAGAGCAUACCAGCUUGGGACUCGAGGUUCCACCGCAGCAUGGACACCAACUUCUCUCUGUUGCGUCGAUCUGUGAGCUAUGACCCUUUCGUUGAAGACGAUGAUUCUUUUGAUUCUCCGCGUACCGCCGAUGCAGAAAGGGAGAGGGCCGAUGAGAUCACGAGGUUGAAGGGUGUUUUAUGGCCCGGAAUGGAUAUCUUCGACUCUGCCACGGAGCAGAUGAGACGCAAGCGAAACCAGAAGAAGGACGAGAGUGUUUUGAGGCGGAUGGAAAAGACUUCGAUGGGCGUGCAACCGACGGAGCUUGUCUUCUCCCCCACAGGCAUACUGCGGAAGCAACGUGUGAUAUCAGGAGAUGUGGAUGACGGCAGCCCUCUCCCUGGGGAGACACCGAUUCCUAGACGCGUCCCUCGCCCAAAGCGGGUUCUCUCUGAGGCUGAUCCCAACACUCAUCGUGUCCAGACUAGGAAGCGGUCUAAGAAGUCUACCAGCACGGCCUCUAGCAAGAAUCUCCGAGUACAGCCUCGACGAAGUGCUCGUAUCGUCAGGCCCAGUGCCCCUCGGUUUCUCAUGUUUCGUGGUGUCGACCAUCGCCCUUCGCGUAGGGCCGCUGAUGACGAUGACGACUUCGAAUUGACCCUCAGAAGACAGGGACCUAAACCUCGCCGUGGAUUUUCGGUUUUUCUGGAUGAACCGAGCAAUCACGACAUAGGCGUCCGUGAACCUGAUCAGCCUGUACCGGAGCCUGAGAUUUCCGUUUCUCGUGGAAAUGAUCUCCUCUCAGACUCUCUCCAGUCAACCACCAGCGCUCAUGGCACGAGCCUCAUGCAAGCACCCGCUAGCACUACCACGGACAAGAACAUCGAGCCGUUUUUGGAUGUGCCUGAGAGUCUUGACAGUCCUUUUGAUUGGGAUUCCCCCGACUCAAACCAGCACUAUACUAGUGACGCUGCCUUUCCGCCGCAGUAUUUCUUUGGCGAUGAGCCACGGGCUGGACUCGGUCUGUUUGACGAUCAUGACCGGACGCCAACUCUAUUGACGGCCUCAUUGCCGAAAAUGCCCGAUGAAGAUCAUAUAUAUUCCAUGGGUACCCACCCUAGCAACUACAGGGAACCGUCUGUGUUUCGUGAUCUCUCGCCCGACGCAACGAUCUCUGACAUGGAGGAAGAAGAGUUUGAGCAAUUUUGUUUGAACGGAUGCCCUUCAUCAUAG